GACUACUGUGUGCAGAGGCCCCCCGACCGCCGCCUCACCCCCCAUCCUCCGUGCGCCUGGCUGUGCUCCCCGGGAUGCCGGCCCGACAUGUGACACCUCCGGGGACUGUGCGCCUGGCACCGAGGAGACCUGCAGGGGGAGCUGCUGUGCGCCUGGCAUCCUCCACACCAUCACCGGGAAUAGGAUCCGCACCAAGUGUUACCUGUGCGCCUGGCAUUGAGUCCAUCACCUGGAGGAGGGUCUGCUGUGUGCCUGGCUGAGGACCUAGAACUGUGCACCUGGCCUCCACACCAUCACCUGCAGGGGGAGCUGCUGUGCGCCUGGCACCUGGAAUAAGAUCUGCUGUGCGCCUGGAACCAAGAACCUGCCCUGCACCUGGCACCUGGAAUAAGAUCUGCUGUGCGCCUGGCAUCCAGUCCCCUACCUAGAGGAAGAUCUGCUGUGUGCCUGGCUGGGGAAAUACUACAACUGCACCUGGCAUCCAGUCAUUUAUCUAGAGGAGGAACUGCUGUCUGCCUGGCAUCCAAUCCAUCACCUGCAGGGGGGGCUGCUGUGUGCCUGGCAGAGGACAUAGAUCUAGUCCAUCACCUAGAAUAGGAUUUGCUGCGUGCCUGGCACCUAGUACCCAAAGGAACUGCUGCGUGCCUGGCGCCGCGUCCAUUUACCUGUAGGCUGAGGACCUAAACCUGCGUGCCUGGCACCAAGUUUAUUACCUGGACUAGAAUCUGCUGUGUGCCUGGCAGGGGGACAUAGAAACUGUGUGCCUGGUACCAAGUCCAUCACUUUACAUAGGAUCUGCUGUGUGCCUGGCACCUACUAUUACCUGCAGAAGGAUCUACUGUCCUGGGUGCCUGGCACUGAGUCCACCUGGAAUAGGAUCUGCUGCGUACCUGGCAUCCAGUCCGUCACCUGAAAGAGGGACUGCGUACCUGGAGCCGUCACCUGGAGGGGGAUCUGCCGUUUGCCUGGCUGAGGACAUUGCGCUGUGUGCCUGGCAUGCCAGGGAUAAGCUAGAAGCGGGGGCACAGGGGAGGAUCGCUCAGAACUGUAUGCACCUGGCACAGGAGGGCAUUUAUGAUGUAGCGCCGUGCCCCUCCCUGGAAUCGCAGCGCGCCUGGCAACCUAGAAGCCCCACCGUGGCCCCGCGGCUCCUCCCAGGCCGCGCCGCCUCCGCGCAGCCGCAUGCCGACACCCCCCGCCCGCCCCGGGCACUGAGCUUCCGGUGACCCGGGCGCGUUCCCCCCCCGGGGGGGAGGAGGGGGGGGGCGCCGCCGCAUGUUCAAGUCCAGACGCACCGGGCUGGUUCGGCGCCUGUGGCGGAGCCGGGCGGGCGGGGAUGGGGGCGUGUCUUGCUGCGGUCUGUCGGAGCCGCCCACCCCCGCCGGGUCCCCCGAGCUGCGGUCUGCCGCGUCGGGCGUGCUGAAACGUUUGAAGGAGCAAAGUCUGUGCGCCCUGCUGGAGGCGGUGGAGUCCAGGGGGGCGGCGCCGGGGGGCUGCGUGCUGGUGACCCGGGGCGGCGGCGGUGGCGGCGGGCCCCCUCCUCACCUGCUGCUCUGUAGACUCUUCCGCUGGCCGGAGCUGCAGCAUCCCGGGCAAAUGAAAGCCCUGAGCGGGUGUCGGGGAGCCGGAGGAGCCGACGGCGUGUGCUGCAACCCGUACCACUACAGCCGGCUGUGCGGCCCAGAAUCUCCCCCUCCCCCAUACACUCGUCUUUCUCCACCGUUUGAGCAAAAACCUCUGGAUCUCUCCGAUUCCUACACUGAAGUGGACGCCUCCAGUUCUCUCUGUAUCUCUGCCGCUGAUGUGUCAGCAGACACCAGCCUGUCCUUGGACUCCAGCAAGCAGGGCCACUGGUGCAGCGUGGCGUACUGGGAGCACCGGACGCGCGUGGGCCGCCUCUACGCCGUGUGCCAGCCGUCAGUAAGCAUUUUCUACGACCUACCUCAAGGGAGCGGCUUCUGCCUGGGCCAGCUAAGUCUGGAGAACCGGAGCGAAGCCGCCGUCAGGACGCGAAGCAAGAUUGGACUUGGCAUUGUGCUGAGCAAGGAGCCGGACGGGGUGUGGGCGUACAACCGCAGCGACCACCCCAUCUUCGUCAACUCCCCGACGCUGGACGGCCCCGCCUGCCGCUCGCCUGUCGUCCGGAAGGUGAUGCCCGGCUACUCUCUGAAAGUUUUCGACUUUAAAAAGUCGUGCGUCUUGCAGCAUCUCCCGGCGCACCCGGAAUACGCAGACGGACCUUAUGAUCCCCACAGCAUACGCAUCAGUUUUGCUAAAGGUUGGGGGCCUUGCUACUCGAGACAGAUGAUCACUUCCUGCCCCUGCUGGCUGGAGGUCUUACUUGGACGAUAGCAGACAGAAUUUUUUUUUUGUCCCAUGUUUCCCCCCCCGUCAGCUGAUCUAUAAAUAUAGAAGGAUGUGUACCACUCUGGGCAGACACGUGAGCUGGUAAGGGCCCUUGGUAAUGCCCCUUUUCUGCAAGAGGGGCCCCAGAUUGUCAUUGUCCACCUCCGUGCCCUAGGAAGGGGUUUCCAUCAACAGUGUAUACCCGGGGGUCUCCAAACUUUCCAACCAAAGGGCUGGUUUACUCUACUUUAUGGUGGCUGGUGAGGGUAGGAAACACCUUGGCAUGAAUGGGAGGAAUAUUGUCCCAUCAUUGGCAUCAAUGGGAGGAAUGGUGUCUUAUCAUUGGCAUCAAUGGGAGGAAUGG